AUGUUUCUUAAGAUUUUCUCUGCACUGGGUCGUACACUACGAAAUAUCAGUGCGAGGCUGAAGGCGGAACAGUUCAAACAACGUGUCAUGUUGUGCUUUCGGGCUUGGGAAGAGUCGAUUUUCUCUGCACUGGGUCGUACACUAAGAAAUAUCAGUGCAAGGCUGAAGGCUGAACAAUUCAAACAACGUGUUAUGUUGUGCUUUCGGGCUUGGGAAGAAUCGGUCUUGUAUCCUACUGAUGUGCUUGUUAAUAGUCAGAACAUAUUCCUUGGUUUGACGGAAAGCAAAACAUCAGAUGAAUCAGAUGAAGAUUUGGAUGGUGCGCCAUGCGACAUCGAUGGUGUUCCAAUAGACGAUGACCGAAAUAUGCCCAUUUUUGACGACAGUGAUGAUCAUCGCGCUAGCACAUCUUCGGAGCAAACCAGAAAACCUACGGGAAUGUUCAAAUCUGGGAACUGGAGCACGAUUGGUACUGUUGAACCAGUCAAAAGUAAAUGGGAGGAAGAUGAUGCAGAAACGUCUUCGAAAGAGCAAAACUCUAGUCCUCAGCGAGAAGAAAGAGAAAUAAACGCAACUAGUACUCGCACAAAAGAGAGCGACGAUAGCGAUACUGAUGGAGAGAUAGAGGAAAAAGAGGACAUACUUGCCAGUGCCGCCAUGGAGGAAGAGCGACGUAAAUUGAUGCGAGAAGUAGAGGUGAAAAUAAUGGCUUUGCAAGACGAACUCGAAAGCAAGAAGGACCCUGAUAUUGCUUCGAAGGUCAAAGCCCUACGGGAAAAGGAAAUGGCCGAAGUGGAGAAUAAUCUUGCUGCAUUGGUCAAAAAACGGAUGAAGAAAGAGAAGAAAAAGGGAAAAAGAGACACCAGGAAAGACACGAAAGAUGACUACUCCAAAUCUAAUCGCGACUCGGAACGUGGUUCGGAUCGAAGGAGGGACACUCGAGAUACGGACUCACGUAAAAGAGAUCGAAGCCGUGAAAGAGACCGAAGUCGCGAGCGGGAUCGCAGCCGCGAACGAGAUCGCAGCCGCGAAAGGGAUCGCAGUCGUGAGCGCGAUCGGAGUCGCGAAAGGGACCGCGAUCGUGACAGAGAUCGAGACAGAGACCGCGAUAGACGUCGUAGCAGAAGUCGAGAUAGGAAACGUGACUCUAGUCGGUAA